AAAGUAAUCCUGUUCGUCAUGCUUGUCGCGAUAUUUCCCUUCUUUUCUUGCAUCGCAUCUGUUCGUCUUGGUGGUGAAUUUGCUCUUGUGUUCGUGUUGUUGUGAAAUGCUUUGAUCCGAAGUCAUGGUCUCAUUGAUGAUGACACAAAUAAAGCGCUAGAUGGCUAUGGAGCAAGAAGAGACUAAAAAAGCUUUCUUUAUUUUGACUGAAGAGAAGAGAGUAAGCUAUUAGAGGGUGAAAGGUUGAAGAGAAUAGAGGGUCACAUUACAUAUUUGAAGUGUUUUUCCCUUAUAGAAUCUCCACUUUGAUCGUUAUAAGAAAAGCAAGGGCCUUUUCUUUUUCUUGUGCUGAAAGAAGGCUUAGAAAUGGCAUCAAGAGCAAGACAAAACAAGAAGAACAAGAUGCAGGAUAUCACGCGCAUGGAUGCUGCUGUGGACGCAAUGCGUCCACUUGGAUUUAGGACACAACUGAUUCUACGAACGGUUAAUGAACUUCUCGAUGUGUAUGGUGGAAAUCAAGGAUGGUGCUUUAUUGAAGAGGCCUAUUACAAGCUCCUAAUGGAGGCCCUACUUAGCAAACAACAAGGUUCUGCAGAAGAUAAGGAUGGUGCAAGAAGGGAUGAUGUUGUUAAUGGGACAUCAUCAGUUGGGAUUUCUGAAGUUGGCUCUUCUGGCAUGGUGACUCAGGACACUCCAAUUUAUACCAGUGAUUGUUUGGGCUCUUCAUCUCAAGCCAAUGCAUCACUUGGCAAUCUAGAAACUGAUGUUGGGAAUUUGGCUGUGCAAGCCGAUAGUGGAGGAAAUGAACAAGACAUGAUGAAUAAGCCUGAAAAUGAGAUAAAGACUGCAGAUAAUGUCAAAGGAAGCAAGGAUAGCACCAUUGCCAACAACAUUGAGAGCACUUCUGUCAAGACUCCUAUGAUUCAAUCUUCAGAAGCAUUUGAUCAUCGUCCAUGCCGUUGCCCUCCUGAAGGUUGCCAUGGAUGGAUUGAUGAUGAUGAUGACGACGACGACGACGACGAUGACCUUAUCCACUUUCCAGUCCCACCAUUAUUUAGACAAAUUGAGAAGAUGAUUGUGCAAGUUGAACCGCAGAGUAUUAGUGGGAGAAAGCGCAAGUAGAUGGGAUGAAAAGUCAGAAGGCAUGUGAAUGAAUCUCUUAGGCAUUGUUUUGUGCUUGUAAGCAAGCAAGGGUCAUAGCUAGGUAGCAACCUUUUGUUCAUGAGACAUUGAAGAUGACUCAGUUGACUGAAUUGCUCUUGUUCUGUUCUGUCUUAUGCAAAUGAAUUAGAAUCUUCUUUAGUUAAUUUAACAAGGAAAUUGGAAUCUAAA